GCAGCUGGAGGCAGGGCAGGGUAGGGGGAGCUCCGGCCGCCCCCCGCGGGGCGGAGGUCACCCGCCUCCCCCCGCCCUCCGCCCAUGGGCGCCGGCUCCGUCCAGCCGCCGCCGCCGCUCCGGCCCCGCGCGCAGGAGGAGGCGGCGGGGCGCGUCUCCCGGCGGCGGCUGCGCCCGCCUCGCCGCCCGCCGCCGCCCGCCAGCCGCCGGGGAGCCGCGGCGGAGGCGCAUGGAGACAACGGCCGCCGCUGCCUGCUGGGUUCUUUUCUUCCAUCUUCCUCUCAUCUCUGGGAGCUCCAUCCGUAUUGGAAUAGGCAGCAAUUAUUCCAAUCUCUAUGAACAGAGCAUUCUGCCGUGUAAAAAAGAAGAACUACAGUGUGGUGACGGACUCUGCCUCUUAAACUGGCUGCGCUGUCACUAUAAGAAGGACUGUGGCAGAGACUACAUGUCCAUCAAACUAACAUGCUCAAAAGUUCACUUGAACCAGAGCAGCCCCACCAGUGAAUUCCCCAGCUAUGGUGAAAACGGAAAUGAUACCAGUUUACUUGUUUCACCCCUUCUGGUGGCUGGAGUAGUGAUUGGACUUGUGCUAUUUCUAUCCUGUGUUACAAUCAUUGUUGGCAGCCUGCGAAAGGAUGGACGGUUAAGACGCCCACAUCUGAGGAGAGAUGCUGUUUAUGCUCCAGACGGCUUCUCUUAUGGUGGCUCUUUUGGAGAGCUGAGAUCCACCUGCAUGGAGGAGUUUCCCCCAGCUUUUGAUUUUGGUUCCUAUCUGGAUACACUUUCUCAGGUCAACGUCAUGUAUCCCGAUUCACCUCCACGCUACGAUGAAUGCGUGGGGCCAGGAGCAACACAAAUAUACAUUCCCACAGAUGAUCCCCCCCCAUAUUCUUUUACGGACCCUUGUCAAAGAAAUGAAAUAUCUAUAAACUUUAGCCUGGAAGAGGAAGCAGCAUCUGGAACUACAGGACAGGCUGCAAAUUAUGCAGUCAGGCUGCAGGACUUGCAGCAGCCUGUUUCAUCCAUCUCUUUGUCAUCUCUCACUCUGGAGGCUGCUCCCCUGUACGAAACGGUGGUAUGUGAGCAGAAUGUCCCCAUCCCACUUGUUCCAGUGGAAGUACUGAAAAAUUCUUCCACUGAUUAUCAGACCCUUCUGAACCAAAUCAUGUGAAUGAAAGUGGCUCCUUCAAUUCUUCUGAAGAACUCAGACCAACAAAAACAUUUAAAUGGAAGAAUAAAACCUCUGAAAGUUUUAUCUAUUUUAUAUCUUUAAACAGGGAUGCAAUGGGAUUUUAUUUUUUACUGUGAAUUUUGAAAGUUUACCUAAACUUCCCUCUUUGUGCUUCAAAGUGUUCCAUGACAUCACACAGCAUAAAAGAGCAGCAGUGACAAGCAUUGCAUCUGACCUUCUUGAAGCAUUUCAAAACACAUUGAAAUCAGCCACUUUUAAUGUAGAUACAUGUUAUCAAGUCAAGCCUACUUGUUGAUUUUAUGAUACUUCGCAUGUUUUAGAGCAGAAGGAGAAGAAAAGCAUUUUGUUGUCUUUGUAGGUAUCACUUGUACAUUUCAUUCAGUGUCUUGGCAACAAAGCAUUUUUAAAUAAUUCUUUGACUAACUAUGUAUUUCAGUAGACAGAGACAGAACACUGCCUGCAAAACAUGACUGUCAGUACCACAUAGGAGCAAAAGAAAAAGGAGAAUAAUAUUUUGAUAAUCACAUUUUUCCUUUGGAAAGCCUGGCCAGUACCAGGCUUACCUGAUCAUUGCAAAGCCUGCUGUAAGUCUUCCUCAAAAGAAACCAGUGGCAAGUGAUGGAGAGGUGGCAGUGGAUUCCCAAAGACCAAUUGGCUUUACCUACGGAAGCUGUACUACAGCUGUGUGCAGGCCUGGGAGCUGCAAGGCCUUUGCGGGGACUUACUAUAGCCAAGGGAAGGGCAGUGUCUGGAAUCCCAGAAGAUGCUUCAUGCCAAUUCCCACGCAUGACUGCAUUUUGAGACACUAACUGGUCUCCUUCAGUAAGGAGCCUGUAGUGUUACAAAGGACCUUGACCUCUAGUAACUGCACUAGUGUGAUGUAAAUAACAGAUGCUGGACUUGGCAUGCGCAGUAACAGAGAACCUCACUUUGUGCAGAAACCUCUUACUAGGCACGAUCCGUUUCGCUGAAAUUGUGCUACCCACAAAUCUAGCCUUUGUUCAUAGACCUGGAUUUCUCACACAUUCAUAUGAUAAAUGUAUACAAGUUGGAGAUGCAUACAGGAACAGCAGAGGUAAACUGCAGACGUGAGAGUUUAAUCUUGCAUGGUAUAGAAGCACCCUAUCUCCACCCAAGGACUAAACUACAUCUUCCACCAGUACUAGUUAGCAGAGUUAUCAGAGGCUCAUCUCCACUAAAUCUCUUAGAAGUAGUCUCACUGAAAAAAAAAAAAAAAAUCUCUUUACACUGAUAAAAUGAACUUCAGUUUACUACCCCCACUGAAAGAUAUGUAAAAAUUACUAUAGUAAAUAUAUAACUGUGUUUAAAAGGAAGCAUCAUCCAAAUUAUUAAAAUUGCACUUAGAUUUUCUGUAAAUACUAAAUAAUUUUCAACUGUAAUCAUCACUCAACACUCCAAAGAUUGACACAAUUAUAAUUAAUACUUAGAUGGGAAGUAAUUAUAUGGUUCUUACUGCUGUAUAAAUUAUACCAUUACUGGGUCAUAUGCACAUGAUGAGAUAAGGUAAAUAUGCAUUUUUUGCUACGUAGAUGAGAGUAAAUAUGUAUUUUGCUAAAAUAACAGAAUUCGUUUGCAGUUUGGCAAGAUUUUCAAUAUUCUUAGUAUACUAUACCCAAAACAACAAAAAUUCACAAUUUUGCAUUGCAAAAGUGCUGGCAGGCAUUGCCAGAAUGUAGGCUAUAUUUCACAUUUGUAUUUUUAACAGACAGAACUAUCCCUCUGUAUAAAGUACUAGCGUAAACAGUUUUGUGGUAUGCAAAGUAUCCUGCAAUAAGAGAGACAAAACUCUACAUCAUCUAUUAGCAGCCAGAAAUUAAAACCCAUAUAGAAAUGUACCAGUCAGUUUUAUUGGCAGGAAAAAUAAAAAGUGAAGGAAAGCACAGAGGUUUAUUUAUGCAGAAUAGGACAUGCUUUCAUAGCUGUGUCUUCCUGCAGCUCUUGGACACCUGCCUAGAACAGGGUAAGGCACUGGGACCAGACCCUGCUUACUUCAGGCUGCUAUUGGGGAGGUGGAGGGAGAAAUCUAAUAAAUAUUAGAAGGCAAAUGUGAUUUUUUUUUUUUUUCCCCUGAAAGUGAAUCUCUCUUUUACCUGUAAUAUAGCAAACCUGAAGGUUCUUCUGAAGACAAGCACAGAGGGCUUUUCACAUCUGGCAGGCAAGCCUCUACUCUGUUACAGAUGCUUGCAGUUUCUGUGCAUUUUGGGAAAUCCUUUCAACCUGCUUGGCUUUUAACCUGACAAGGAUUUCAUGCCCUUCUACUAACUUUCUAUCUGUGGUAUAAAAAAUAAACUAAUUUUAAUAGGCCUCUGAUGAAAAUGGGAGAUUUGUAUUUUACCUAAUGAUAGAAAUGCAUUACUAAGAUUAUAGAAAACUAAUCAAAGUCUUUCUUCAUUUGAUAACAGUUACGCAUCCUUAGCAUUGCAACCUGAAUUUUAUGUAGCAGCAUUACUUACAAAUAGCUGUCUACUCCCUCUUGUGGUAUACCACUUUAUGAAGUCAAGUCAUCUAGUUAUCACGCGACACAGAGUUCACAAUAAGGGACUCAUCCAUCAAAAUAAUCCCAGCUUCUUUGUCACACAGAUAUGGAAGCCAACCAAAACAUACACUUCCAUACUAUAGCAUUUUUCUAAGUCACAACUAAAUGCAUAGGUUAUGUCAUCCAUUAUCAGGAAAUAAUCUUUAAAAAACAAACUGUGAAUUAAAAGUAGAAUAUGCUACCGUGGCUUAGAAUUUUCUACUCUUGUUAAUCUUUUUAACUAGGUGAUGGCCAACAAAGUUGUGGAAACAAAGCUUAUGAAUCCAACCCAUAUACCUCUGCAAACAGACAAUACUAGAAAGAAAAGUUUAUAGCUCUAAAGCUGCUCUAACAGCUUCUGCUGCGACUACUGGAACAGUGUUGACAUUUCUUGUAAUGAUGCAUAAGAACAUGUUUUCAUUUCUUGGAGAAUAUUUAAGAUCAUGGAUAAAUCUCAGCAAAGUUGACAGAGUGUGUCCUGAUGCUCCUCUUAAGAAAUACAUAUCCCCCUAUCAGAUUUUAUCCUAAACUCUCACAUAAUUUUAAUGCCAGUCCUAAAACAGGCUUAACACAGGCCUUUCAUUUAUUACGUGGGUAAUAUGAGAAAGAAAAUUGUUUGGACAUGCUGUUUCUUGCUAUGUGAUAACAAUACUGUAUUUCUGUAGUCAUAUCUUUGCUUCAAUUUUUAGUACACUGAUCUUUACACCAAACUUUUAGUAAAGAACAUACAUGUAUUCUAUA